CUGCGACAACCGGCAACGAUUCCCUUUCCUUUCGAGGGCGCGCACUCGACUUGGGGGGCAGCGGGUCGUCCAGCAACAGCCGCGAAGAGCUGGAGCAAGCCGUGCGGCUUGGCGGCUAUACACGCUGAGAUCGGGGCUGGACGACAGCUGGGUACCUUUCCGAUCCCUUGAGGUUCUGAAUUCUUCCGGGAAAACCUUCAACGCCGCCUCCGCCCCCCGCCCUCGCACACCGCCAUGGCUCGGGGUACAGACGAGAAGCCGCAGGCAGUAGCUGAGAGCUCAAAGGAGAAGGAGAUGCUCACACCCGAGGACGGAGCUUCGAAGAAGAGCAGGGCGCUUCUACCAGUGCCCUCAAGGUCAUCGUCCCAGCGAGUCCAGCCUUCGCCAACAGCGACGGGAAUGAGCGGCGCGACGGCCAGUGAUCCGAGAGACAGCAUCGGCGGACGCUCCAAGGAAUCCAGAGGCAGUGCGGGAACAGGGCCGACGGCGACACCAGGCAACUCGGAACUGCACUCCCCUGCGGCCAUGUCUCAAACGAAGAAGAAGGGUGGCUUCUUUGCCUUCUUGGGGUGCUGCGGCGUUCCGGACAACGCGAACGGCCUUGACACUGAACCCCCGGUUCCGAACCACAAACUCGAAAAGAUCCCCGCACGACCAGCCACUGCCAGCCGGAGGACGGCGACGCCUUCGGAGCAGCCGUCAAGCAGCAGAACCCACCUCUCCGAGAAGGAACCCAGCCAGCUAGUGCCUGUAUCGCAGGGGCCUCCCAAGAACGGGAAGCGGGUCUCGGGCGCGAGCACUCAAGACCAGUCCACGGUCGGCGGAGAGCGGGAUAAUGAAUCGAAGCAGACUACGCUGGUUGGGCCCGGCUCCAGCAACCCGGUCAUCUCCGUGGAACCGCCGCACGCAGCGAGCGCGGAGGACGACAAGGUGGACGAAGUCCCCUCCGAGAAAGAUGCCGAGGGCGACGUGCCCAUGCCGGAUGCCGAGUCGGCGCGGCAGCAAGCGCACCAGCAGGAGCACGAGCAAGCGCACCAGGGGCCCGUCGCAGCCGUAGAGGAAGCCCUUCCAAGGGUGCCUCCCCCGCCGCCGGGGCCAGUCCCAGCAGUCCCAAAUGCACCGACGAGCGCGUUGAUCGAAAGCCCCCCAGUCUUCGCGCCCGAUCAGCCCCAAAGGUUCCUCCUGCCACCCCAGGCGCCCGAACAUAAAGGUCGGAAAUGCCUCGUCCUCGAUCUGGACGAAACAUUAGUGCAUAGCUCGUUCAAGAUCCUCCACCAAGCCGACUUCACAAUACCGGUAGAGAUCGAGGGCAACUACCAUAAUGUCUACGUAAUCAAGAGGCCGGGUGUCGACCAGUUCAUGAAGAGGGUUGGCGAGCUCUAUGAGGUUGUCGUCUUCACGGCGUCGGUGGCUAAGUAUGGCGACCCGCUCCUCGAUCAGCUGGACAUCCACAAGGUGGUCCAUCAUCGGUUAUUCCGGGAGAGCUGCUACAACCAUCAGGGUAACUACGUGAAGGACCUGUCGCAGGUCGGCCGUGACCUGAAGGACACCAUUAUCAUCGACAAUUCGCCGACGUCGUACAUCUUCCACCCGCAGCACGCGGUUCCUAUCAGCAGCUGGUUCUCGGAUGCCCACGAUAAUGAGUUACUGGACCUUAUUCCCGUUCUCGAAGACCUGGCUGGGCCGAACGUGCGGGAUGUCAGCCUGGUCCUCGAUGUCUCUCUUUGACGUCUCUCUUUCUUCUGCCGACACCGACUCCCCUUCGAUAAGCUGCCGCUCACCAGUCCCCGCUCCGGACAGCGAGGAGGCCGGUUUAGGUUUAUCCUCCCGGAAAAUACUGGGGCGCAUGUGCGCAUAGUCCUUCGAUAAUCCGUGAUGCAGCGUCGCGGGCUUCCUUCUUCAGUUUCCGGGUCACAAGCUCCAGCAAACUCCCCCUCUA